AAUCAAGAUUGCGAUUUAUGAUUGGAGCGUCGACGUACAGAUGCACCGCCCUGUUUUAGCACUGAACAGUGGUAUUUUCGCUGCUACUAUCUUCCUCUGCCUUUCGGACCAACCUCUCAAACCGGAGCAAUUUGAGGAGCAAAUUUGGACCUCAGUAGCUCGCAACGUUACUGUGGGGAGGAACAGCAUCCUUGAUCGUCACAUACCCCCCCGGAUCUUUGAUAUCAUCAAAAUAUAUAUAAACUAUGGAGGAUAGAGGUGAUCUUAUUCAGAUGGCCAAGCUGGCAGAGCAGGCUGAGCGCUACGAGGACAUGGCAGGAUACAUGAAGUCGGUCACAAAGAUGGGACAGGACCUGACAAACGAGGAGAGGAACCUGCUGUCCGUCGCCUACAAGAACGUGGUUGGGGCGAGGCGGUCCGCAUGGAGGGUGCUCAGCAGUGUGAGUGCGAAGGCCGAGCAAGACAAUGCAGGCGAAAAGGAAUGCAAGGAUGAACCCGCAGAGAGGAAGAGGAAAAUGAUGAAGGAGUAUCGGGAGAAGGUGGAGGGGGAGCUGCGAGAUAUCUGCGAUGACGUUUUGAUGCUGCUGGAUGAUCAUUUAAUUAAAAACUGCGAGGGUAAAGGAGAUGUAGCUGCUGAGAGCAAAGUCUUCUAUCUUAAGAUGAAGGGGGACUACUAUAGAUACCUUGCUGAGGUUGCCGGAGGAGACGCUAAAGCGGCCGCCAUUGAGAAGUCAGAGGAGGCAUACACUGCAGCAUCUAAAUGCAGCUGUGAAAAAAUGCCACCCACACAUCCUAUCCGCUUGGGCUUGGCACUUAACUUCUCUGUCUUCCACUACGAGAUCCGGAACUGCCCAGAUGCAGCCUGCAAAUUGGCUAAACAAGCAUUUGAUGAUGCCAUUGCAGAGCUGGACCAGCUAUGUGAGGAUUCCUACAAAGACAGCACUCUCAUCAUGCAGCUCCUCAGAGACAACCUGACAUUAUGGACAUCAGACCACGCCUGCGAGGAGGGUGAGGGUGGAGAAGGAGGAGAAGAGCAGCAAGAGCAGUAAAAAAAAAAAAACCCGAAGUCCUCAUUGUUGGGGUCAUCUCCAAAAACAACAAAAAGGAAAAAAAAAAACAACUAAACUUUUUUACACAUCUUUCAUUCCUUAUUUCUCCACUCAAACAUUCUACUGAUGAAACCCAUUGCUGAAAAGAGUUGUGUAAGGAAAAAAAAUCAGGCUUUUCACAAUGCAGAUUUAGAGAACAACUGGUGAAAAGAGAAACCCUCCAUUCUUUCGAUUGGUGUUUGUCCUGGCUCUCCCAUUUGUGCAGGUUCAGCUGUAGAAAAGUAAUUGAUAGCUUGACAAUGUAUGAGACUCCUUGUUAAAGUCAACAACUGGAAGCCUAAACUUCUAUAAAUUGAGAUUUUUUUUUCUAAUAAAUGUUAAGAUAUAAGAAUAUAACAUAGUUCCCCCCCCCAACACCUUUUUUGUUAGCGUCUAUCUCUUCAGUUACAUGGUACGGUCACAGCAGCUGGAGUCCAACUUAAAACGGAUUCAAUUUUCAUACUGCAGGGAAAGCUAGUGCACUUUUACAUGCUGGCAACAAACACUAUAAUACAGCCAAGUAGUGCCAACUGGUUAAAUCCUCACUUUUUGCCCUGGUUAUGAAGCCACUCUUUCACUGAAGCAUGCCUGUUUUGAGGAGGAGGGGUUGGGUGGGUGGUGGGGCUUAUCUGACCAAAUGCAGGGACCUUUUUUUAAUGGGAAGGUGACAAUUGUCAUGCAUGUCUCUUGAGAUAUUACACUGGAAUGGGAACAAAUGCUGUAACACACACAAGUCCAAGUGUCAAGUUUAGUCAUUUUUCAAUGCAGGUUUGUACACAUCCUACAAGAGGGUGGUUUGUUAGUCUGUCCAGUGAUUGUCAUUAGAGAUUUGGACCACUAUCAUUUUGUCAUUCAUUCAAUUGUAGUCCCCAAAAGCCUUGUGGAACUGUUGGAAUCCCUAUGUAUCAGCUAUGUUAACAUGAAUAAAUCAUUUUAUAAACCAA